AUGUCUGCCGAAGAAGUGACUGGCCUGGAGGCUGCCCGCAAGCAGAAGAUUCACAACCUGAAGCUGAAGACGGCAUGCCUUGAAAACGAGGAGCUGAUCCAGGAGCUGCACGUUUCGGACUGGUCCGAGACGCAGCGGCAGAAGCUGCGCGGUGCCCACCUGAAGGCGGAGGAACUUGUCGCGGCCGUCGACGUCGGCACAAAGUGGAACCUGACGGAGGCCUACGACUUGGCGAAGCUGAUGCGCGUGUGCGGCCUCGAGAUGAGCCAGCGUGAACUGUACCGUCCGGAGGACAAGGCGCAGUUCAUGGACAUCAUUGGUGUGAAGAAGGUGCUGCAGGACUUGAAGCAGAACCGCAACAAGACGCGCGUGGUGAGCUUCACGCAGAUGAUCGACAACGCCAUUGCGAAGAUGGAGAAGGUGGAGGAGGAGC